AUGAAAACUUAUCUACUUCUCUUUCUCGUCUUCUCACUUAUCAUACAAAUUUCCUUCGGUGAGGGCGAGCAAUGCGGUCAUCAAGUCAAUGGAACACUCUGCCCCAAUGGUCUAUGCUGCAGCAAGGAAGGAUAUUGCGGUACCACUAAACCCUACUGUGGGAAAGGUUGCCAAAGCCAGUGCGAUUAUGUUCCUCCUCCUACUGCUCCUCCUCCUCCUUAUGUUCCGGACGUGCAGUGUGGUCGUCAAGUCAAUGGAAAACUCUGCCCCAACGGUCUAUGCUGCAGCAAGGAAGGAUUUUGCGGCACCACUAAACCUUACUGUGGGAAAGGUUGCCAAAGCCAGUGCAAUUAUGUUCCUCCUCCUACUGCUCCUCCUCCUCCUCCUUAUGUUCCCGUCCUGCAGUGUGGUCAUCAAGCCAAUGGAAAACUCUGCCCCAACGGUCUAUGCUGCAGCAAGGAAGGAUUUUGCGGCACCACUGAACCUUACUGUGACCGUGAGAAAGGUUGCCAAAGUCAGUGCACUCUUCCUGCUCCUGCUCCCGCUCCCACUCCCACUCCUCCUAAUCCCACCAUUCCUCGUUGCCAAAGCCAGUGCAAUUAUGUUCCUCCUCCUACUGCUCCUCCUCCUCCUCCUUAUGUUCCCGUCCUGCAGUGUGGUCAUCAAGCCAAUGGAAAACUCUGCCCCAACGGUCUAUGCUGCAGCAAGGAAGGAUUUUGCGGCACCACUGAACCUUACUGUGACCGUGAGAAAGGUUGCCAAAGUCAGUGCACUCUUCCUGCUCCUGCUCCCGCUCCACUCCCACUCCUCCUAAUCCCACCAUUCCUCGUAAGGUGA